AACUUUGAACCUAAAAUGGAGCCUUCGAUCGAUCCAAAGAACGGUUUCUCCUCAAAAACAAAGACCUACCAAAGCCUUCGUCCACCCGUUCCACUCCCACCGGAGACCCUCCCUCUCUCCGCCUCGGCCCAUUCCCUCUCGCUCCUCCUCCGCAACCCCUCCCCGCCGGAAACCACCACUCUCCUAAUCGACGCCAAGACUGGAAACCGACUUUCCGCCGCCCAGUUCCUCCGACACGUCGAAUCCCUAGCUGCCUAUCUCCAAUCCAAUCUCAACCUCUCUAAGGGCGACACCGCCUUUAUCCUUUUGCCCCCAUCAAUUGAAGUCCCUAUCCUCUAUUUUUCUCUCCUCUCCAUUGGCGUUGUCAUCUCUCCGGCCAACCCCUUAAGUACCAAAUCCGAGAUAUUCCACCAAAUCCAGCUUAGCAACCCCUCCAUCGCCUUCGCCACCUCCUCAACUGCCGGAAAAUUCCCCUCCACUGCCUCUUUCCACCGAGGAAUUGUUCUCCUAGACUCCCUAGCUUUCCGACCCAUGAUGGCGACAACCUCGACCGGACGGUUCGACCUGAACAAGGUACGGGUCAACCAGUCUGACCCGGCGGCGAUUCUCUACUCGUCUGGUACCACCGGGCGAGUCAAGGGGGCGAUCCUGACUCACAGGAAUCUGAUUGCCUUGAUCGGUGGGUACUAUGAGAUGAAACCGGAGGCGACAGAGGAGAAUCCACCACCGGAUGUGUCUUUGAUGACGCUGCCGUUGUUUCAUGUGUUUGGGAUGUUUAUGUGUGUGAGGGCGGUGGCGUUGGCCGAGGCAGUGGUGAUGAUGGAACGGUUUGAUUUUGAAGUGAUGUUGAAGGCAAUUGAAGCGUAUAAGGUAACGUAUAUGCCGGUGUCGCCACCUCUUGUAGUGGCAAUGGCGAAGUCGGAUUUGGUGGCGAAGUAUGAUUUGAGUUCGCUGAGGUUGUUGGGGUGCGGUGGAGCCCCGCUCGGGAAAGAGGUCGCCGAGAGGUUCGUUGCUCGGUUUCCCGACGUGGAGAUUGUGCAGGGUUAUGGCUUGACUGAGUCAACAGGAAGUGCAGCAAGAACGAUGGGGCCUGAUGAGAGCAAGCAAUAUGGGUCUGUUGGCCGCCUAGCUGAGAAUAUGGAAGCCAAAAUAGUUGAUCCCAUAACUGGGGCGGCCAUGCCUCCUGGCCACCAGGGUGAGCUGUGGUUGCGAGGACCAAUCAUCAUGAGAGGAUAUGCUAAAGAUGAAGAGGCAACUGCAAAUACCUUGGAACCUGAUGGUUGGUUAAAGACUGGUGAUCUUUGUUAUUUCGACUCAGAUGGCUUCCUUUAUAUUGUUGAUAGGUUGAAGGAAUUGAUAAAAUACAAGGCAUACCAGGUUCCACCAGCUGAGUUGGAGCAAUUACUGCAAUCCCAUCCAAAAAUCGCUGAUGCUGCUGUGAUUCCGUACCCGGAUGAAGAAGCAGGACAGAUUCCCAUGGCUUUUGUAGUGAGGAAACCUGGCAGCAAUCUUAAUGAAGCUGAAGUUAUCGAUUAUAUUGCUAAAAAGGUGGCACCAUACAAGAAGAUCAGGCGAGUUGCUUUUGUCAACUCAAUUCCAAAAAAUCCUUCUGGAAAGAUCUUGAGGAGGGAGCUGGUGGAUCAAGCUCUCUCUAGUGCAUCUGCUAAAUUAUGAUGCUAUAUGGUUUUCUUACUGACAUGAGCUCUAUGCAAACUUCGCAAAAUAUGAAUGCAGUUGAGCCUGUUCUUCUUGAUGUUUCUC